GGCGUGUACCCGGGCCUUGGCGUCAUCCUCGUGACGUCACCAUGCGCCGCAGCAGGAACUAGGUACACUGCGCAAGUCUGUGAGCCGGACCUCUCGUUUGAUCCCUACAGACUCGCGAGGCUUGGGCGGCGUUCUUCCUGAGGGUGUCACUGGGGCCGGGCCCGGACUAGGGGCGGAGCUGGGAGAUGGCGUCCGGAGCGGCUCGGUGGCUGGCGUUGGUACGCGUCGGAUCUGGGGCUUCCCGGAGCUGGCUGAGCCUGAGGAAAGGUGGUGAUGUCUCCGCCGGACGGAGCUGCUCAGGUCAGAGUCUGGUACCGACGAGGUCGGUCAUCGUUACUCGCAGCGGCGCCAUUUUGCCCAAACCGGUGAAAAUGUCCUUCGGCCUUCUCCGUGUGUUCUCCAUUGUGAUCCCGUUUCUCUAUGUUGGGACGCUCAUUAGCAAGAACUUUGCUGCUCUACUUGAGGAACAUGACAUUUUUGUUCCAGAGGACGACGAUGACGACGACUAACAGGGCCUGGAGGAAGGACAGAAAGGAGAAAGCCCUAACUUAAGAAAUGGUGAUGCUUGCAGCCUCUCCUCCUUUCCAUCCGUAGAUGGGCCCGGGGAAAGCCCUCAGCCUCCCAACCCCCGUGAAGACCCCUGCAUGGUCUGUGACCACGGCUCAAAUCCCUAGGCUCUGGGAGGUUCCCGGAGAUGUGCUGUUCACUGAGCAUAAUCAGAUCAUGAAAAAACAUAAUAAACAUCAGCUCUGUGUGCCUGAA